AUGCCCGAAGGUUACGCGCCCGCCCGUCAAUUUGAUGGCAGCAUACCCGUCGACCUCUCGCAAUGUCAAGGCAAAAGUGUGAUAGUUACAGGAGGGGCACAAGGCAUCGGAGAAGCAUAUGUCAGGGCGUUCGCUUCCGCAGGCGCUUUUGUGACCUUUUGUGACAUCAAUGUUGAGACCGGGCGGGCGCUGGAGGCCGAACUUGGCAGCCAAGGUAUCUGCUUCGUCAAAGCCGAUACGCGGUCAUGGGAAGAGCAGACCGAGCUCUACGAAGCUGCGGUUUCGAAGUCGCCGCAUAAGAGUGUCGACAUCGUCAUAGCAAAUGCUGGCAUAGGACGUGGCUCCGGCGACCCAAUGAUGGCACUUGAAGAUCCGAAAAGCAAGCCCACUAAACCAAGUAUGCACAUCAUCGACAUCAACCUGAUCGGCGUCAUGUAUUCAUUGAAACUCGCUAUCCACUACUUUCGCCGCAGCCCGGUAGCCGAGGACCGUGACCGUUGCUUCAUCUUCGGAGGCUCGAUCGCAGGGUAUGUGGAUAAUUUGAGUAGCUGGGAGUAUUCCACUUCCAAGUUCGGGCUCAGAGGCUUGAUGCGCACCGUCCGUCGACAAUCCCAUCAUCAGCACAUACGAGUGGCGUACAUUGCGCCUUCCUAUAUUCGAACGGUCAUACAGUCCGCGGCUGUGUACGAAGCAAUUCGAGCGAAAGGUAUCGAAUUCGCAACCACGGAAGGUUGCGUAAAUGCCGCAAUGAGGAUCUGCUGCGAUAGAAGCAUCAAUGGUCUAGCGCUUGCGAUUGUGCCGGAGUCGGUUGCUAAGGAAGGCUUCAUCCAUCUGGACAUGGAUGACGAGAAGGACACCGACAGCUUCGUGGCGAAGUUUCAGGAGGCUGUCAUUAACCUACGCGGCGACAACUGGAAUUGA